AUGCGCACAGGCACAGAAUCGGGCAAGCCUCGCUUCUUAGAACUACAACACCCCGCAUGCUCUUGGAGCAGCUCUGACUCUCCUCCAAUCAUAGAGAGUAAAGGAAAGGCGAGGGGCGGGGAAAUGAAAGUAAAUCGGCCACAGUGCGCAUGUGUGCGGCUGUGCUUUGGCUCUUCGGGUAAAGAUGGCGGAGCGCGGGUACAGCUUUUCGCUGACUACAUUCAGCCCGUCUGGUAAACUUGUCCAGAUUGAAUAUGCUUUGGCUGCUGUAGCUGGAGGAGCCCCGUCCGUGGGAAUUAAAGCUGCAAAUGGUGUGGUAUUAGCAACUGAGAAAAAACAGAAAUCCAUUCUGUAUGAUGAGCGAAGUGUACACAAAGUAGAACCAAUUACCAAGCAUAUAGGUUUGGUGUACAGUGGCAUGGGCCCCGAUUACAGAGUGCUUGUGCACAGAGCUCGAAAACUAGCUCAACAAUACUAUCUUGUGUACCAAGAACCCAUUCCUACAGCUCAGCUGGUACAGAGAGUAGCUUCUGUGAUGCAAGAAUAUACUCAGUCAGGUGGUGUUCGUCCAUUUGGAGUUUCUUUACUUAUUUGUGGUUGGAAUGAGGGACGACCAUAUUUAUUUCAGUCAGAUCCAUCUGGAGCUUACUUUGCCUGGAAAGCUACAGCAAUGGGAAAGAACUAUGUGAAUGGGAAGACUUUCCUUGAGAAAAGAUAUAAUGAAGAUCUGGAACUUGAAGAUGCCAUUCAUACAGCCAUCUUAACCCUAAAGGAAAGCUUUGAAGGGCAAAUGACAGAGGAUAACAUAGAAGUUGGAAUCUGCAAUGAAGCUGGAUUUAGGAGGCUUACUCCAACUGAAGUUAAGGAUUACUUGGCUGCCAUAGCAUAACAAUGAAGUGACUGAAAAAUCCAGAAUUUCAGAUAAUCUAUCUACUUAAACAUGUUUAAAGUAUGUUUUGUUUUGCAGACUUUUUGCAUACUUAUUUCUACAUGGUUUAAAUCGACUGUUUUUAAAAUGACACUUAUAAAUCCUAAUAAACUGUUAAACCCA